GGCCAUGGCGGGCUGCGUGGGCCGUCGGGCCUGGUCGUUGGGCAGCCGCUGGUGGUCACGGCUCCUCCCGGGCGUCCCGGAGCUGAGGCGCCUGGGAGCCAAGGGCCCGUCGCCCUGCCCCUUGGCCACCAAACCGACACACAGGCUUCUGUCGUCCAGAAACCGACCGGAGGGCAAGGUGCUGGAGACCGUCGGCGUGUUCGAGGUGCCAAAGCAGAGCGGGAAAUAUGAAACGGGUCAGCUCUUCCUUCACAGCGUGUUCGGAUACCGGGGCGUCAUCCUGUUCCCUUGGCAAGCCAGGCUGUACGACCGGGACGUGGCGUCCGCGGCCCCGGAAAAAACGGAGAACCCAGCCGGCCACGGCUCCAAAGAGGUCAAAGGCAAAACCCACACGUACUACCAAGUGCUGAUUGAUGCCCGGGACUGUCCGUAUAUAUCUCAGAGGUCUCAGACGGAAGCGGUGACGUUUUUAGCCAACCACGAUGACAGCCGGGCCCUCUACGCCAUACCAGGACUCGACUACGUCAGCCACGAGGACAUCCUGCCGUACACCUCCACGGACCAGGUGCCCAUCCAGCACGAGCUCUUUGAGCGGUUUCUCCUCUUCGACCAGGCGAAAGCACCCCCUUUUGUGGCCCGGGACACCCUACGAGCCUGGCAGGAGAAGAACCACCCGUGGCUGGAGCUGUCAGACGUACACCGAGAGACCACGGAGAACAUCCGCGUGACCGUCAUCCCCUUCUACAUGGGCAUGCGGGAAGCCCAGAAUUCCCACGUCUAUUGGUGGCGCUACUGUAUCCGCCUGGAGAACCUGGACAGCGACGUGGUACAGCUCCGGGAACGCCACUGGAGGAUCUUCAGCUUGUCCGGCACCCUGGAGACGGUCCGGGGCCGGGGGGUGGUGGGCAGGGAGCCCGUGUUGUCCAAAGAGCAGCCGGCCUUCCAGUACAGCAGCCACGUCUCCCUGCAGGCCUCCAGCGGACACAUGUGGGGCACGUUCCGCUUUGAGAGGCCCGACGGCUCCCAUUUCGAUGUCAGGAUCCCCCCCUUCUCCCUGGAAAGCAAUAAGGAUGAGAAGACGCCGCCUUCCGGCCUUCACUGGUAAAAGGGCUGGAGCCGGACCUGCCCCGGGAACCAGCGCCGGGAAAGGGGUGCUCCGGACGGCGGCUCCUUUGGGCUCUCUUUCGGUUGUAGCCGCUUUGUCUAAAGAGACCACCCGCCCCGGGCGCUCCUCCGAGGCCAGCUCCCCCGGCUGGGCCCCGGGAAGUCUGCCCGGCCCACUGAAAGCCCAGCUCCGAAGUGGGCCUCGCAGGGGGAGACGGGAACGGGCCCUGCGGAAGCUCGGGGCCCCUCCCGCUGUCACCCCAAAAGUCAUUCUGGAACAGGAGCCUCGCUCAAUAAAACAGCGCACGCCCAGCCGCCAACUCUUUCUCCUGCUCUCUGGCCCCGGGCCAACGGGCGGGCACAGCCUGGGC